AAGUUGGCUUUGUGAUCUUCGCGAAUGUGAAGUAGCAUUUGUUUACAUCAGCGAGGAGUGGUCCUGUUUCCAGGCAACCAAUAAUUUACAGUUUUCAUAAUCGAUUCGAAUUUGCCUAUUAGAUAAAAUGAUUAUGCAAUGGAAAUAUUUGGCACUUCUCUGGUUCCAUACCAAUUGGAUAACGGCAAAUCCUAUAGAAGUGAAGCCUGUAGUAGCCACCGAGUUCUUAAUACUCCACAACAAUGAUAUGCACGGGAGGUUCGAGCAGACGAAUGUCAACAGCGAAAGCUGUUCUCCGGAGGAUGCCAAAAGCAAUAAAUGUUUCGGCGGCUUUGCGCGUAUUGCCCAUGAAGUCCGCAAAUAUCGUGCCGAGGCUAAAAAUGGCGGAAUUCCGGUGUUUUAUUUGAAUGCCGGUGAUACGUAUACCGGAACCGCAUGGUUUGCAGUCUUUAAAAAUAAAAUUGCCAGCGAUUUUCUCAACAGACUGCAACCAGAUGCCACGUCUCUGGGCAAUCAUGAGUUUGAUGAAAAGGUAGAGGGUCUAAUACCAUUUCUGAAUGACGUAAAUUUUCCUGUUUUGGCCUGCAAUCUCAACCUUACCAAGGAACCAGCAAUAGCUGCCUCUAAAAAUUUUGCCCAUUCAACUAUACUCGAUGCAAAUGGCACAAAAAUUGCUGUGAUUGGAUAUUUAACACCUGACACGAAAUCGCUUUCAAUAAAAAACGAUGUGGAGUUUAAUGAGGAGAUUGUUUCUAUCAACGCAGAGGCAGCUAGGCUUAAGGCACAGGGCCAUAGAAUUAUUAUUGCUUUAGGACACUCUGGUUAUAAAAAGGAUCAGGAUAUAGCUAAAAACUGUCCCGAAGUCGAUAUCGUCAUAGGCGGACAUACGAACACAUUCUUGUUCAAUGGAACAAAGCCAAGCGUCGAAAGUAUUGACGGUCCAUAUCCGACUAUAAUAACACAGAAGAGCGGAAAACGAGUUCUUGUCGUACAGGCCUACGCCUACACAAAGUAUUUGGGGAAAUUGCAUGUGAAGUUCGAUAAAGAUGGAAAUCUCAUUGAGUUCGAUGGCUCGCCGAUAUUACUUGAUGCUCGAGUGGCGCAAGAGAAGGAUGUACUAGAUCUGUUAGAGAUGUACAGAGAGAAUAUUACUGCCCUGGAGAAGUCUGUGGUUGGCCAUACGAAAGUGUAUUUGGAGGGCCGUAAGAACUAUUGUCGUUCUGUAGAGUGUAAUAUGGGAAAUCUAAUUACGGAUGCAAUGAUAUUCAGCCGUGUACUGGAAGAUCAGGGCGGUGAUUACUGGACAGAUGCAGCUAUUGCCUUGCAUCAAGGCGGCGGUAUACGUAGUUCAAUCGAUCGAAAACCCGAUGGCACUAUAACACAGAGUGAUCUGCUUACCGUGCUGCCCUUUGAAAACGAUCUUUAUAUCACACGAAUCACUGGCAAAACCUUGAGGAUCGCUUUGGAGCGUUCCGCUGCACUUAGGUUCAAGGACUCAGAUGGAGCAUUCCUUCAAGUAUCCGGCAUUCACGUGGUCUACAAUCCAGAUAUGCCAGAGGGUAAACGAGUUGUGUCUGUGCAAGUGCGCUGCGCCGACUGCCUGGUGCCAUCGUACAGCUAUCUGAACGACAGCGCCUACUAUAAGGUGAUUGUGCCACAGUUUCUGGUCGAUGGUGGCGACGGACACGUUCUGAUUGAUCGGGUUAAUCCUGUGUCCAUACGUAUGCAAAAAACUAUUGUUGAAGCAGUUCGUCAAUAUCUGCAGGAACGUAAAUACAUUUAUCCCGAUGUCGAAGGUCGCAUCCAAUUCAUAGGCUCCGGCAAAAGUAAAUCGUCGGGAUCUGAUUCCAUAAAAAACACGUUGAGUUCCUUAGCAUUGAUGCUAUUUACAGUUGUAGUAAAUCGUAUUUUUAAUUAAUUCUAAUAUGUGUAUAUAGUCAUAGUAUUUUUUUGAAUUUCA